AUAAAAUCUUAAAAUGAGUGAUUUACUUAAAUAAACAUUGAAAGGACAACAGAAAUAGAAACCGCCGAUUGCAAAGAAAUAAAUUGAAAGUAUAUAUUAUCAUUAUAGAAAGAUGAUGAUGAAGAUGAUGAUAAGGAAGAAGAAUAAGAUUAAUUUGAUGUUGAUUUAAAGUAAUAGAAUGAUUGAAUAAUAUAUAGUAAGAAUUAGAUUCCAGUGAAAUUAUAAGGAUCAAAGCCAUAACCAAUAAAAGCAGAUCAUAAUAUAACUCAUUGUAUAAUAAUAAAUAUGAGAUUAUAGCGCAUCAUUAAAAUCCUUAAUAAGGUAAACCAACUAGAAAGAUUCAUGAUUAUUCUCCAUAGAAAUGGAAUGAAUUUUAUGACGAGAUGAUAUAUCAUCCAAAUGUAAGAGAAUUGAUAUAUAAUAGGGAACACCAAUAUAUAUUGCUGGAAAAAAUAAAGCACCAAUAUUUUUAUGUUUACAUGGAGCAGGACAUUCUGCAAUGUCAUUUGCAAAUUUAGCAAAUGAAGUAAAACAAUAUGCAACAUUGAUUUCUUUUGAUUUUAGAGGACGUAAUAAUAAUAAAUGAAUAUUAGAUGGUUAAUCAAAAAUAGAGGAAGAGAAUCCAAAGUUAAGUUUAUAACAAUUAUUGGAUGAUGUAAUAGAAAUAUUUGAUUAUAUUACUACAUAAUGGCCAAAAUAGACAGUAAUAAUAGUAGGUCAUUCAAUGGGAGGGGCAAUAGCAGCAAAAUCAGCUAAUAUAUUAAUAUAAUCAUAGAAAGCAGAUAAAGUUUAAGGUAUAUAAGAAUAUAAUGAAUAAAUAUAGGUUUAAUAGUAAUAGAUGUAGUUGAAGGAAGUGCAAUAGAAGCAUUACCAUUUAUGGAAUAGAUUGUAAAUAAUAGACCUAAACAUUUUAAAUCUUAUGAAUAAGCAAUUUAAUGGAGUUUAAAUACAUCAACAUUAAUGACAUUAUCAUCAGCUAGAGUAUCAAUACCUGCAUAAUUGAAAGAAGUUAAAGAUUAGAAUGGGAAUUUAUUAAGUUUAGAUUGGAAAGUUGAUUUAUUAAAGACAUCACCAUAUUGGAUGGGUUGGUUUGAAGGAUUAACUAAUUCAUUUUUAUAGAUUAGAAUACCUAAAAUAUUGAUGUUAGCUGAAAAAGAAAGAUUAGAUAAAGAUCUUACAGUUGCUUAGAUGCAAGGAAAAUUUAGAUUGGUUGUAUUAUAGAAUACUGGACAUAGUAUUUAAGAAGAUGAUCCUAAGAGCACUGCUCAUAAUUUCCAUGAUUUUAUAUUAAAAUUUAGAAUCCCUACAACUGUAGAAGAAGUUGAAAAACUUAAAUAAGUUGGAAUUGGAAAGUUUCAUCCUAUCAUUGGGAAUUAUGAAUAUUAAUAGAAAUAUUAUUGA